UGAAUGCAUUGAUGCAAACAUGUCGGUACAUUGACAGUUAAAUAUUACGGAUUUUAGGUUACUUUCUCUGCUCCUUUAAAGGUUCUUUUCGCGUUCAUCAAGCUUUGCCACGUAUUCAAAUAAAUUUAAAAAUUGUGAAGUGUAAAAGUGCGUACAUGUUUUAAUCGUGAAAUUUUAAUAAAAUCAAAUGAAGUCCACAUAUUAAUUUUAAUCAACAAAAAAAUAAAAUAAAAUAUAAGUGAUUCUUUUGAAAUGGAUGUGAAUAAGUCAAAUUUGUAUUCAAACGAAGAUCAAUUUGAGAAUAUCGAUUCUAUAAAUAAAUUUAAAAAAGAUCCGAUUAAAGUUUGUUUAACAGAUAAUUGUUUGCUGCCUUUAAAUGAAAAUAUCAGACAAAAUGAUACUCAAGAAAAUGAGAAUAUUUAUUCUAAAGAAGAUAAGAUAGAUGACAAAUGCGAUAAUGAAGAAGUAUUAAGACAAGAUAAUGAUUCAAAUGAAAAUAAUGAAUUGUUAAACAGAAUCAGUAUUAAGGCUGAUGAUGAUAUCCUUGAAACGUGUGUACAUACGAAUGUCAUUCCAAAUCAAGAAGAUACAAAUUCAUUAUCUUCGAUGAACCAUGAUCUUCCAAAUGAACAAGAUUUUCAAGAAUUAUCUUCUAACGAUUUAUCGUAUAUCAAUCAUUUGCAUAGAAAUCUAGAUAAGAUAUCUGAGACUGACACAGUUAUCAAUAAUGCGUCUGAAGUUAAUAUGUAUGAUAUUAAAUUAGAAACACCCACAAUUAAAGAGUCAUUAAAUGUAAGUGUUCCUUCAAACUCUUCAAUAGAAAAAGAUUUAGAUUCAGAAAGUUUACGAAUUAAUAAUGAUAAUGAUAAUGAUGAUUCUACAAAAGUAGUUGUAAUGAGUGUAACAUCGAAAGAAGAAACGAAUAAUGAUAUGGAAUGUAUAAAUAAACUUAAUAAUUUACCAAAUUUGUCAGAAAAUAUUGAUAAAGAAUUGAAACAAGAAAUGAAAGUACAACAAUCUGAAAUUUCUAUGCAAAAAGGAAAAGUAGAUGGUACUCCGAUGUAUCGACCAACACUGAAUGAUGAUAGUAAACUUGUAAGAAUAUCACUGCCAACAAAUCCAAUGAGUUUAAUACAAUCUAAUACACAUUUUAUUAAUAGAAGUAAGAAUUUUCUUAAUUUCAUCACAGAAAAAUCGACAAAUAUUAUGGAGAAAGCAUUGUUACCUCAACAUUUGACUAUGAAAUAUACCUCAGGAUAUAUGAAUAAUAAUGAAAAGAAGAAUAUAAAUGGUACUACUUCGAAGACAGAAUUAUCACCUAAAUAUUUAAUGCCUCCUAUAAAAUGUGAUACAACGACAAAGAUUGCAAAUCCAUCAGUUGAAUCUGUAAUAGAACAGGCUAAAAAGGAUGAACAAAAAGAUGUAUCAAAUGAGAACAAUUCUGAGCAUCAAGUUUCUUCAACGUUAAACUCACCUUCUGUUGAUUUAAUUAAUGAUACAUCGACAAAUAUUACGAAUAAUUGCAAGUUAAACAAUUUUGAAAAGCAUAUUACAACUCAAGCUGAAGAAGCUUCAACAACGACAGAUGGAGUAAUAUUAGAAGAAAAUUUAGCUGGAUGUCAAAAUAACAUAAUAAAUGAUGAAAGUUAUUAUGAAACUAAUUUAUUACAGCAUCCCUCGUACUUAACACUGUUGAAAGAUUAUGCCAAAUUAAAAGCUAAUAAUAUUAAAUUAUCAGAAAGGGUAGAAGCCUUAGAAGCGAGAAAUACCACGUUGGAAGCAGAAAAAAGUGGAGAACUUUAUAAAAUACAAAUUGAAACAUUAGAAAAAACUGUAGAUAGAUUAACGUUUGAAUUGCGUUCGUCAUUAGCUACUCAGGACAUAUUAAAAAGGGAACACUCUGCUGCUAAUAAAGAAAUGGAAUCUAUGGUAAUAAAGUAUGCAGUCAGUGAGAAACAAUUUAUUGAUACACAAAGGGCAAGGGAAUAUGCUGAACGUAAAUUGAAAGACAUUACAAAAGAGCAGGAACUCUUGCAAAAUAAAUUACGGCAGCUUCAAGGAGAGAAAACCAGAAUAUGUAAUAUAUUGGAUGGAAAAUGUCGCGAAAUAACUGAAUUGCAGAAAGAAGUUGAUAGGCUUAAUGGAGAUGUACAGAUGAAAGAAGUUAAACUCAAGUGGUCCCAAAAUAAAUUAAAAACGGAAAUGGAAUCGCAAAAAGAAACACAACAAAAGCUUGACAAAGCUUUGAGUAGAAUUAAUGAAAUGAAGGAGGAGUGUGAACAAGUACGUAAAGACACACAACAAACUAUUAGAAAAUUUCAAUUAUCUGAAGAAAAUAAAGCUAUAACAUUAGAUCAGCAGCUUAAAGAGCAACAGGCACGAUUAAUUUUGGAAAGAUAUGUAACUGAAGAUAAGGAAAUGCUAUGUUUACAAUUACAAAAAGAAGUUGAAACAUUAUUGAACAAACAACAACUAUUAAUUGAAGAAAACAACUCACUUAGUAUAAAAAUACAAAAUUAUGAAAUAAGGCAGCAAGAAUAUGAAGAUACUUUUAAUAAUUUGAAGAUUCUAGCGGAACAACGACAAACGGAAAUUUUUGAUUUGACCCAAAAAGUUUCACAAAUGGAAGUAUUAAAAUCCCAAUUACAAGAAGCAGAGAAGAGUUUAAAAUCUAUGUCAACUGAAUUAGAAAAAUUACAUUUAACAAAUCAAGAAUUAGGAUCUGAUAUACAUGCAUGUCGUUUACGCGAGGCUGCUAUGUUAGAUUUUACACAAAAGUUAACAGAUAAAAACGUAUGUCUUCAAUCAGAAUUUACUACACUUGAAACAAAAACUAAACAACUUGAGGAAGAACAAGGUCCACUUCGUGAUCAAGUGAAUGAAUUGAAAAGUAAAAUAAAAUUGCUUGAAGACGAUCUAACGUCCGAACAAAAAAGAAGAAUUGAAGAGUGUGAAAUCUUAGCGAAACAUGUAGCAGAACAAACGCAACUUGUUCAGAGUUUAACACAAAAGUUAGAGGAUAGUCAAGGAGAAAAUGAAGUACUUAAAAGAAAACAACAAAGAAAUAUGAAAGAAAUAACACGAGAGUUACAGCAGUGUCGUAAAAAAUUGGAGGCAUUUCAGUUAUCUUCAUCAAGUAAUUCAUUGAUUGUUGCAUCAAGAGCUGGCUCUAAUACAUCCUUAAAUACAGGUGAAACACCAAAUGGUACUUUAUCUGAUAACAACACUAAUGGUGAAAAUUAUAUUCAUUCUAAUGAACCCAAUACAAAAUUAUUAAUGGAUCGCAUUGUGACUUUACAAAAUGAUAAUGUAAAAAAAUUAGAAAAAAUCGAAUUCUUGGAAGGACAUGCACAAACGUUAGUCGAAGAAAUACAGAAGAAAACAAAAAUAAUACAACAUUAUAUUCUACAAGAGAAUUCUGGUGCCAUGGGUAGUAAUGAAAGAGAUAAGCACAAGCUUAUCAAAAGCAGGAAAAAUACUGCAGAAUUAGCAAGGUAUGGAGGUAUAAUGGCAUCUGUCUACAAUCAAAGAGUUUCAGAUGACAACAUGAGUUUAGAACUUUCAUUAGAAAUUAAUCAAAAAUUACAAGCCGUUGUGGAAGAUAUAUUAUUAAAAAAUAUGACUUUGAGGGAUAGCGUUGAUAUAUUAGGUGCAGAAAUAGCUAAGUUAACAAAACAAAAUCAACAAAGAAAAUUGAUGAGCUAGAAAUAUAUUACCACAAACCUUUUUUUUUUUUAUUUUUAUUUUUGUUUUGUUUAAUUUAUAAUUAUAUUUUUGUAAACUGACAAGAUAUCGUGUCUUCAUGAACAUUUAUGAAUUUACUGUGAUUUAAUUUCAAACAAAUAGAAUGAAUUGUUUGAUUUGAUAAAGGCACGAUUAGUCUAAAAUUUUAUAUAUGUAAAUUACAAACGAAUUUUUCCAAGAAUUAGACUUAAUUAUAAAGAUAUUUUAAAUGAGCAGAAAGUUAAUGCAAUGAAAUAUUUUUAUUAU